AUGUACAGACAUUAUCCAGAUGAACUUGUAAAAGGCAGAGACUACGAUACCUCGGACUCCGAUGAAGAAGAUGGCGCACCUAAUCCCAGCGUGCAGACUUCCACUGACUUAGCCACCAUCGUCCAAGUCAUCGACGACUUCAACCCAAAAUUGGCCGCGGGGAAGGAAGGCAUCGAUCAUUUCUACAUUUUCAAAGACACAAAGAAGACAAAGAUUGCUGAACAGCUGUACGAGCAAAUUGGCCACGAUGGAAUGGCCCAAUUCACCGCAGACGCGAAGAAGUGGUUGAUCGAUGAGAAAGGUACCGAAGAAUGGAAAAAGUACCUCAGGCAGGGUUUCAGAGGGCAAGACAUCGUUCUUGGGAUUAUCGGUUCAAGGAACAACGAGAGGUGGAAAGGUUAUCGUAAUGCAGUGGUGAUGCUGUACAAACGCAACAACCACAAAACGAUAGAUCAGGGCGGCCAUUCGUUUGAGGACCAAGAAAUGGAUCUCAGUGUCAAGGCGCGUUUGAGGGACCAUUAUCAGCGUUCUUUCACAUUCGAGGAGCUCGACAGACGUGUGACGAGUGACGAGGCGAUGUUGGAAGCGUUUUUGGCCUUCCCGGACAGGACGCCGUGGUUGAACUUCUUAAACUUCAAACCCAACGCUCCAAAGCUUACCGAAGUGACGCGUGCGGACAAUAUACGCCAAAUAGAGCUUAUGCUGAAGUCGCUGACGGAAAAACUUUCUGAUCAGAAUUGGCCGCCUGCGGAAUAUAAGAAGCUGGAUAACGGUCAACGGAGAGCUAUCGCCGAAUUGAUCGAUUCGGCAGUUAUCAACCAACACGGGAAGAGCGAUUACCAACAGAAGAUUCAAGAAAAGAUCAAUGAUAUGAACGAUUGGACAAAGAAUAUUAAGGGAUUGAGGGAGUGGACGGCAUACGCUCAUUAUGAAAUGCCACAAUUCUUCCCCACGAAUCCAGAAAACAGCGUCUCUGCCACUGAUUCUAACGCUCCACGCUCUCCUGCCAGUUCCCACGUUUCUGCCGGUUCUGCCGGUUCUGCCGGUCGUGAAGACUCUGACCGUUCUGACGGUUACGCCGGUUCUGACGGUUAUGCCGGUUCUGACGGUCUUGUCAGUCCUGAUAGUCCUGACGAUUUCGGCAACUUAUUAGAAGCCGCAAUCAACGACACGCCAGAUUGGCACGCUCCUGUAGACAGCAGGCAGGAAUCUUCGAUCCCCAAAAGUUUACGUCGCACCCCGAAAUACCCUCCCGGUAUUUCCUCAUCCGAAGCCCGUAAACGGGUCUUCGUCCGCUUGAAUGACAACUUCAAGAUGCUUAACGAAUAUACCAAAGCCGAUGAAGAUAUUGACGUGCCGUAUACCAUCUCGGACAAAACGAUUCUCGCCCUCUCCGAGUAUACUGAAUCCACCUUCUACAAAGAUGCCAGCGAGAGGGACGACGCCAACUACGAGGCGAAGGUCGAGGAUUUCUUUCAAACCCUGACAAGCACGUGCGUCAAUUGGAAGAACCAAAAGUUGAAUUGGGUCACGAUCCUGCACAAAUUCUCUCCACACCAGUACCCACCGCCGGCGGAGGUCCAACCGGCGCUCACGGUCAAGGUGCCGAAUAGAGCUAUCAAACCUAUGAGGAGGAAAGGAGUGGGUUCUACGCCAGCGUCUACGACGACUUCGACCUCUGCGACUGGUCUGCCUAGCCCACUCCUGGAGGUGUCACCUGCGUCUACAGUGGCUGCGACAUCGGUGGCGGCACCUUCUGCUGCUGCCGCACGUACAGCUCCUCCUCCUGCAAAGACGGAAACAGAUGCUACAAGUAAGCCGACUCAGGUCGUACCCUCAACUCAGUCGAUUCAGAGCGCGCCUCCUCCUCAGCCAGUUCAAAGCGCACUGCCGUCUCAGCCAGUCCAGAGUACAUUCUCGAUUCAGCCUGCCCAGAGCACAUUCUCAAUCCAGCCAGUUCAGAGUACAUUCUCAACUCAACCAGUCCAGAACACAGCCUCAACUCAGCCAGUCCCAAAGCAAGAUGCCAAAGACUCAGACGAUGAUUCUCUCUUCAAUGACGACUCUGCGUUAAGCACGUCGGGUUCUUCAGUUCCCAUGGACACUAGAGAACGUUUGCCUUCACCCUCGCCGCCGCGAGCGCCUCCGCGAACCCAGCCCUCGGAGUCCACGAAAUUCGAUCUCAUGGACACUGAAGAGACAACAACGACUCCAGUGCAGGUGCCAGCAACUCCAGUACCGGAGCAGUUCCCAGCGGCCAUGGACACCGAAGAGACGACAACAACUCCAGUACAGGAGCAGUCCCCGACGUCCAUGGAUAUCGUAGAUCCUCAGACCGAUGGAUCUGGACCUGGACCGAACGAGCAUGUACCACAGCCUGCUGCUACGCAAGACUCCCCCUUCCGCCCUGCGAAAUUUGUAUACACUUCCAAACCUUCGACUCUAGGGCAGGAAGAGCUCCCAACGUCCAUGGAGAUUGUGGAUCCUGCAACUGACCAGGAUAAUCAGAACAAUGGAUCCAAUGCUGUAGAUAUAGUGUCAUCGACUACUAAAUCGUCGUCGACGUUCUCGGCUAAGGAUUGGUCAGCCGAUGCUAUGGACUUCAGUGUACCAGUUUCCUUGGCCGAUGAGCCCCCAAAGGAACCUGUGGCGAAGAAGGCAUCACAAGCUCCGUCUAAACCGGAUCUGAUGCCCGAGUAUAGGUUCUGCCCUCAGUUGGCAAGCAAGCAAGACCAGAAGAAGACGGUGGCUGAGAGAGAAUCCCCAAAACCCAAGGGCAUCUUUGGCAUGUUUGGCAACUUGGGACUUGAGUUACCAUCCACACUGAGUUCGCCCAAGUUGCCCCCUGUAUCCUCGCCGUCGGUCGAUUUCGCCGCCGCAGGUCGAGUUGCCAGUCCCUUUGCAGCGUCACCCACUCCCAUAAGGACCAAGACACAACCUGAACCUGUCAAGACGAAGCCGGGGAAUUCUUUCUUUCCCUCCACUCCACCGGAUAACGAAGCAAAAUCGAAGAAGACGCCUCCAAAAUCUAGCGCACGUAUUCCCACGCCCGUUAAGUCUUCUAAGCCAAUAUCAUCGAUUCUUCCAGGGCUGGGCUUGGAACCAGCGGAUCCUGUUAAGAGCAUAGAACCCAAAGCUUCCGAGAAAGAGCCAUCACCCAAGUCGAAGCCGACCACAAAGCCUGUGCAAGUCAUUGAAUCAAACGAGACUACGCCGAACUCCCCACCAGAUGUCAAAGAACAGGCUGAGCCAGAGCCGGAUGAUAUUCCUCUGCCGAAGAAGAGCAGGUCCAAGAACUCUACCACUGCCACCUGGAAAGCAAAGCUCACCACACCUGAGGACUCUCCGGAAUCAGUGAAAGAGCCUACAACGGCUAUAAAGACUACCGUCGUGAACCCUUUCGUCAUAGAAGAAUCUGAUGAUGAGGAUCCUGAUCCCGUCAAAAAACCAGCCGCCAGGAAAAGGUCGAACCGACUGGCUGCAGCUUCGGCACCAAAGAAUGGUGCUACCUCAAAGCCGGCCGCGCCAACUCAGCCAAAACAGCAACAUCGUGAAACACAACCGGCAGCGAAGGUCCCUUCCAAGUCAGCAACCAGCGAACGUAAGAGGUUUCCUUCCUCGGAUUCAUCCAAUGCAUCAGAGCCUGAGAGGUUCCCCGAGAGGGGAGCAACCGCAGAACCAGUGCCUGAACCUGGCAACAAGAAGGUCGAGGAUCUGGACAAAGCACUGGGUGGAUUCCACUUGAACAAGAACCAGGUCAAACCUAAACCUCCACGCGUCCCGGCCCAGAAGUCAGUUCCUCACGAUGACGAUAAUCUCGUCGGAGCAGGCGACGAUGAGAAACCAAACAAGCCGCCUCCCAAGACCGUGGAAAAAAAGCAGCCCAAGGCCGUGAAGAAAAAGCAACCCAAGCCAGUCGAACCGUCCAAACCUGACGUCGACAUCGAAUCCAAACUCCCUCCAACCGUCCCCAUCGCCACGCAACCCCCGUCCUCCCACCCAAACCUCCUCCUCGAACCGUGUCUCCAACCCUUCCUCCCCCUCCCCACCACCUCCCUCCCCAUCUUCGAGUCCGCCCUCCAACAACCCGACUACACCACCAACAUCCUCCCCAACCUCGAAACGCACCACCCAACCCUCACCCCCGACGCCCUCCUCACCCUCGCCACCACCUUCCCGCACCUAAUCCGCUACGCCGAGCUCUACCGCCUCCACUACUCCCACUCCCCCCUUUGGAAAAUCCCAAACUACACCCUCUUCACGCUCCCGCACGACACAUACACCCGCAUCCACGCCCUCGUCGCCGGCCUCCGCGCCCCCUUCACCACCACCCCCUCCUCCCUCCGCGAACUCCAAUGCCUCACCGCAGUCUGCAGCUCCCUCAUACACUUCUUCACCGCCUACGCCGACUUCCUACCCGAAGUCGCCGCGCUAGGCGGCACCGAGCGCGCUCUCCACGCACUCAACGCAGCGCUCGGGACCGAGCACGAGGAGGCGAGUAAGGCCGACGCGCAGGAUCGGGUCGGGAAGUUCGUGGCCGCGGCGACGGGGGAGUAUGGGGUUUUGAGGGCGAUUGAGAGGGUGAGGGUCGUGGUGAGGGAGUGGGGGGUGGAAGGCGGGCAUGAGGAGGUGUUGGGGUAUAUGGCGGAUGUGGUGGGGUGGAGGGUUGGGUGGGUUGUUGGGGUUAGGUGGAGGGGGUUGAGUCGGUUGGGGUUUGCGGAGGGGUGGUGA